CACGCAUUCAAACAUCAAACGCGCGGCGUCUCCGCGGGACAAGACACAACAUGGUUGAGGAAGGAUUUGAAGAUGUGCUCGGUACGGGAGCCAUUCGCAAGAAGAUCCUCAAGUAUAGUGAUGGAAAGAAAGCAGAAUUUGGUGAUGAAGUAACCAUGACGUACAGGAGCUACGACUUGGAAACAGACGUCAUGAUCUCGGACGACACGCAAGUGUCUUUUCGGAUUGGCGACAACGAAACCUUUGCCGUUCUCGAGCUCAUGGGCCGCGUCAUGCGUGUGGGCGAAGUGGUGCAAGUGCAUUGCGAGUCUCGAUUCGCCUACGGCAACGUUGGCAGCGAAGUUGAGGCAGAAGAGAAUCAAACGUCCAAGUCAUCCAUUAAGUUCAUUAUUACCAUGGACGAGUGGAUUUCGGAGCGCAAGAUGCCAGAUGAAAUGACGAACGAUGAGCUCAUCGUGGAAGCGAACAAGAAGAAGGACAGCGGAAACCGAUGGUUCAACGACAAGAACUACCCGUACGCGAUUAACUGCUACAAGAAGGCCCUCAAAGUGCUUGAGAAGUGGAACACGGAAGAAGACUUUGCCCAGAACGAAAGCUGCAAGCAACUCGUCGUCGCGCUGGGCAACAACGUUGCGAAUGUGCAGUGCAAGCUUGGUAAGUACAAGGAAGCAAAGGAGUCGUGUCGCGAGGUGCUUCAAGUUGAUGCCAAAAACAUGAAGGUAAUGUCUCGGUGCACUCGGAAUGCCAUGGGGCAUUCAUUUUCUCUCCAGGCAUGGUACAGAUUGGCCCAAAUGGCAUACCAACAGGGCGAAUGCAGUGAAGCGACGAGCUACAUCCGUGAGGCUCUUGAAAUUGACCCGACGAACAAAGCCAUCCGAGAACUCGUCCCCCUUGUCAAGGAAAAGCGCGAGCAGCAAAAGGCUAAAGAGAAGCAACUGUACGGGAAGCUUGGGAACGUCAGUACGCCCGAAGAGACGGCAUCACCCUCACAGCCCAGCUCGGAGACCACAACAGCAAUCACUGCACCUUUCUCGGAUCCCCUUCGGACAAUAUUCGCUGCGUCCGUCGUCCUUGUGGCUGUGAUUGCCAUGAUCUACAACCACUUCAUUUCACCCUGAGAUUUUGUCGGAAGUUGGAGACUUUUACACUAAUUACUGAAGCUGAAUCGUAAUUAGUGUUGACCACGACAUGGCU